AUGAUUCUCAGCAAUGGACAAUUUCCCAGUCCGACUUUACGAUUGAAACAGGGCGACAAAGUUGAGUUUCUAGUCAAUAACUCAAUGCCUUUCGCGGCGACCGUUCAUUUCCAUGGUAUUGAGCAACGAGGUACGCCGUGGUCCGAUGGUGUACCAGGACUAUCACAAAGACCGAUAGCCGCCGGCGAUCAAUUCCUCUAUACAUGGACAGCAACGCAUUAUGGGACUUACAUAUACCAUGCCCACACCAGAGGCCAAAUCGAGGAUGGACUUUAUGGGGCCAUCUACAUUCAACCAGAUGAAUCAGUGGAGAAGCCAUUUCAUUUGAUCACCGAUGACGCAAAAGAGCUACGGGCCAUCGGUAGGGCGGAAAUGGAGACGGAGCCUAUCAUCCUCUCCGAUUGGCGUCACUUAACAUCUGAAGAAAUCUGGCAGGCCCAAGUAGCCUCUGGGUUUGAGAACUUCUGUGCCAAUGCGGUUUUGAUUAAUGGUAAAGGGUCUGUACUGUGUCUGCCUCAAGACCGCAUCAACGCACUCACCACACCUGCUCAGAGGGGAGCGCUGAGGAAUAAUACGCUUACCGAUAUGGGGUGUUUGCCUCUUGGGGACCUUCAGAAGAUUAACCUAACACCACAGGGUUUCCUUCGCGGAUGUACACCCAGCCAAGGCCCGACCGAAAUAUUCGAGGUAGAAUCAGCUUCGCAGUACAGAAGCUGGGAUUUAAUCAAUAUAGCUGGCAGUCUAGAGCUAGCAUUCUCGAUUGACCAGCAUCCUUUGUAUGUCUAUGCGGUCGAUGGGCGUUAUAUCGAGCCUAUUCGAGUCGACGCGAUUACUAUCCCUAUUGGUAGCAGGUAUUCUGUUCUGGUUAAAUUAGACCAACCUGCUGGUGAAUAUACAGUUCGUUCUGCCAAUACCGGAGCAAACCAGAUCAUAAAUGGCACAGGCAUCAUGAGAUAUGGAGCUUCUACUUCCAACCAGAAGAUAUCUCAGCCAUGGAUUACUGAAGUUGGCACCAACGCCACCGCAGAUACGGUGUUCUUGGAUGAGACGAGGGUCGUGCCCUUCCCGGUGGAAGUUCCUUCUUUGCACGUGGACCGGACAUACAUAUUAAAUGUCGAUCAUAUCGGGGACUCGUACAUCUGGACAUUGGGUAAUCAUAGUUACCCACAAUCAAAUGAAGAAGCGACCCCUUUGCUUUUCAACCGCAGCUCCAUCCCCACAAAGUACACCAUCACCACAUUGAACAACACUUGGGUGGAUCUCAUCGUCAAUGUGACGACUGGAGGCCAGCCUCCUCAUCCAAUCCACAAGCAUUCGAAUAAGUACUUCGUGAUUGGAUCAGGAUUCGGUGCUUUUCGCUAUCACUCAGUUGCCGAGGCUGUGAAAGACAUCCCUGAAAGCUUUAAUCUCCGCAACCCACAGAUACGCGAUACAUUUUCCAGUCCACCUGCCGGCGCAGGCCCCUCGUGGCUUGCGAUCCGAUAUCAUGUGGUCAAUCCGGGUCCUUUUCUGCUGCAUUGCCACAUUCAACCACAUUUGAGUGGCGGCAUGGCUUUGGCCAUUAUGGACGGCGUUGACACUUGGCCUCGUGUGCCGGAAGGGUAUGAGCUGCCAGCUAUAAGUAACUAA